AAACCCUAGUGUAAAAAGUCAUCAAAACGCCAAUCUUGGGGAAAAGUUUGUAAUUGAGCUCAGAUCGUCGAAGGCUAUGGACGAUACUUGUGCAGUGUGCGCGGAAACCCUAGAAUGGGUUGCAUAUGGUGCCUGUGGUCACAAGGAUGUGUGCUCUACUUGUGUUGCUCGUUUACGAUUCAUCUGCGACGAUCGACGAUGUUGUAUUUGUAAGACCGAAAACAGUAUUGUCUUCGUUACCAAGGCUAUGGGAGACUAUACCCGUAUCAUAAGCGACUUUGCAGUUUUUCCACCUGAACCAAAAGAGGGUCGAGCAGGGUCAUAUUGGUAUCAUGAAGGCAUUCAAGCUUUCUUCGAUGAUUCUGAUCACUAUAAGAUGAUCAGAGCCAUGUGCAGGCUAUCAUGUAGUGUGUGUGAUAGGAUGGAGGAGCAAUCUGGAGAAGGCCCUAAAAGAAGGGGGAAGUUCAGGAACAUUGAGCAGUUGAAGGGUCAUCUGUUUCACCAACAUAGACUGUUAAUGUGCAGUUUGUGCUUGGAAGGACGUAAGGUAUUUAUUUGUGAGCAAAAACUCUAUACUAGAGCACAGCUAAAUCAACAUAUAAAUAGUGGAGACUCUGAGGUUGAUGGAACUGAGAGUGAGAGAGGUGGCUUCAUGGGGCAUCCUAUGUGUGAAUUCUGCAGAACACCUUUUUAUGGGGAUAAUGAGCUGUAUUCACACAUGUCCACUGAACACUAUACUUGUCAUAUCUGCCAAAGGCAGAACCCUGGACAAUACGAGUACUACAAAAAUUACGAUGAUUUGGAGAUGCAUUUCCGUGGUAGUCACUUUUUAUGUGAGGAUGAGUCUUGCCUAUCAAAAAAGUUUAUUGUCUUUCAAUCUGAAGCUGAAUUGAAGAGGCACAAUGCUUUAGAGCAUGGAGGUCGUAUGUCUCGUUCCAAACGUAAUGCUGCACUUCAGUUACCUACAAGUUUUCGGUAUCGGCGGAGUAAUGAUCAAGAUGGUCGACGAGGAAGGGGACGCACAUUCAGGCGUGAUUCCUCUGAUGCUGAAUUAUCCAUGGCCAUUCAAGCCAGUUUGGAGAUGGCUAAUUCAGAUAGGAGAUUACAAGAUGCAUCAUCUUCUAGUGCUAGAGUUGUACCCGAUCAAGCAGAAACAAGUGAUUUUGACCCACUUGUUCCGCCAUUUGAAUUGUCAACUAAUACAGAUUCUGUAUUGCCAUCAAGAUACCGCCAAGCCUUAUCACAGAGUUCAAGAAACGCCCCACUGGAAGAUUCCUCAUUUCCUCCUCUUCCUAUGGCUCCUGGAGGUAGUCUUGAAAAGUCUGGUUUACCUAUGAACACUAUGGCUGCUCAUCUCCGUCAAGAAAACAAAAAAUCUGCUCUUGGCAAGCCUGCAGCAAACCGGACAUCUACACAACAUGCAACUACCCAACGUAAUUCUUGGCCUGUGUUAAGUAGUGCUUCAGGGUCAGCAUCUAGUUUUGGUAGUAAGCAAGCAACUGAGAAUGUUUCUGCACCUGCAAUCAGCCAUCAACAUGCUUGGCCUUCAGUAAAUAGUGCUCAAUCAACUUCUGUCCGAAGUAAACAGUCAAUUGUUAAGGGCCCUACAUCGUCUGGCAAUCAAAGUUCCAGCCAAAGUAGAUCUGUUUCUGUUCAAGAAAUAACUGCUACUGAUUCUUUCAGUUCAAUGAGAAAUCAGACUAGUAGCAAUGGAAUAAACCACUCCACAUCAGUCCCAAAUCGUGUUGAGAAUGGAUCUUUUGAUUCGUCUUCAUCUGUCUUUCCUCCUGUUUCAGUGCACAAGUUGCCUGGACAUGCACAGGCUACAGAGGAUGUAAAAGAUGUCCAUACUGCAAACAAAUCUUUGGUUGGAAGGAUACAAGCUGCCCUGGAUUUUGAUCAAGAUAAGUAUGCUGCAUUUAAGAACAUAUCAGCAGAAUAUCGUAAUGGUGUAAUUGAUGCAGUGUCAUAUCUAGCAUAUGUUGACGAGUUUGGUUUGUCAAAUCUGGUUCCUGAGUUGGCUAGACUUUGUCCUGAUUCAAAGAAACAGAAAGAGCUGAUUGAGACCUAUAAUACUAACUUGGGGAGCUUUGUUCCGGAACAGAAUGGUCGGAGAAGUGAGAGCCCAUUGAAAGGCAGUAAUGGCUUUAAUAAAGGUAAAGGUAAAGGUAAAGGUAAAGAGAUGUCCAUUGAUGCCGGAGAGAAGAGAUCAAAGGAAAAGUUAGCGGAUGAUAUCAUAAACACUGCAAAGAAACUACAGUCAAGCAUCAAGCUUUCAGAAGAAGAGGUAGAAGUAUUAUCAAAGGAUGGUUAUCGCGGUACUAAAGGAAAAUCAAAAGUGAUAGAUGAUGCAUCAGGAGUAUCGAAUGCAUGUUCUAAACCUUUAUCGGUGAAGACUCAGAAUGACUCAUUAUCAGACGGUGGGGUUUGUCAAAAUCUAGGUGAUGGUGAUAGAAGAAAGCAAAAAAAGAAAACAUCAAAAUUCAUUAGAGUACGCCUAGGUGAUGGAUCUGCUGAAGCACUACUGAAUCUAAGGACUCCAAAUCCUGGAGAUACUGAUUUUAAAGAUCCAUCAUCAGAUGGACAUAGUAGUAGUGGAAGUUUACCUGUGCAGGGUGUUUGGCGAAGUGGUGGAGUGCAGAGACUGUUCAAGGGGGCCUAAUAAUUGGUACGAUGCAUGGAAGUGGAAGCAGUUAAUUGGUUGUGGGUUUUCAGAAAUGUUCACUUGAUUUUAAUUGUGAUGGGAAAACAACUUGUUCAUGGAGAGGGGUUGGGGGGGGGGGGUUGUCUUUUGCCUGUGUUUCUAUUAUUGUGCUUAGAUUAGUUGGUUUCAACUCAACCAUGAUUGUGCUUUGCAAUUUCUUUUCAAAUCCCAUCUUUUGGUGGCGCAAUACAUGUUGAUUUUGCUGAAUUGUAUAUGGGAACCCAAGAACGUACCAAAUAUACAAAUAAGGGAACUGGUGAUAUUGGUUUUUGAUAUGAGAACAACCUAGAUAAAGUAGUU